GUGUCAUCUUGCAGAUUUUUUCCCCUUCUUUAACCCUGAUGCAACUCUGUCGGGUUUGACUGUAAAAGUUCAUUUACAAACCCUGCUAAAUCAAUCACAUUAUUCUGAAAUGCCAAAGUAAUUAAAGCCAUGUAAAGGGAUUUCCCUAGAAGAGAAAAACACGUGAUGUCCCCCUCACAUAUUUCCAUGAAGAUGUAAUGCAGUGCAAUGCAAUGUGAAAAGGUAAAAUCAGACUCACAUAUAAUCACAUUAUUUCAUGUUCAAGACUCUGAAAUCCAUGCUUUUAUUUCUGUAACAUAAUGCUUGUGUGUAUGUGGUCUUGGUUUCUGACACACCCCAUAGCUGUCCAGGUGCUGCACAGGAAUGCAUAUGCCAGGUGCUCAUUUAUUUUCCCUGCACUGCACAUUUAGAGGGUUUUCUGCUCUAACACACCUGAUUCAACACAUCCCAGGACUAACCUGCCCAUCAGGACACAUGGUGCUCAUCAGGAAGCCCACAGCAAAUUGAACUCAGGCUGUGCCACCUGCAGAUAAAAUACUUUUAGUAUAUAUGUAUAUGACUGGCUUAGUGAUUGAGAAAUACAGCAUGUGGAUUUAACACUGAGGUCUAAUGAUGGCUUAUGGCUCAAAUAAUUUUAUAUAGCUUCUCUUGUCUUCUCUUCUCAUCUCACCUCAUCUCUUCUCGUCAACAUCAGGACUUUAUCUGCAGUCUCGAUGCACCAUAGGGAUCUAAUAUUGUCAGUAUAUAGUAUAUAGUAAUAAUUCACUUCCUCUUUCACCAGCCAUUCUGUCCAAAGCAAAAGUAAUGCACCAUUAAUCUUUAAAAGCUCAGCUGGCGGCACAUUUGCCUUUAAAGUUUCCUACUUGGCCAUUCUUUGUGAAAUGAAAGAGAUUAAGCAGUUCACAGGAGCACAGGUCUCUGCUUUAUGAGAUAUCACUAUCUGUAGCACUCCAUCCCUCCUUGGGGUAAAGACAAAUGGCAAAAUCGACCGUCUUUUCUAAGAAACAAACCACCCACCUACCAGGCCGGCUCUCUGACAGCGUCUCUUUGAUGUCAUUCCUGGGAGAUGGCAGUGGGAACGCGCCCAGAAACACAGUCAUGAUUACAUUAAUGCUCUGAGUAGUUAUUUUUUUUUACUUUUUUAACUCUAAUUCAGUGCUUCCUGGAGUGACAGCAGUGGGGGAUGAAAACACAUGAUGUGUUUGUGCUUGUCCGUGAUGCUUUACAAUUAGCUUUUACCAGGGUGCUGUGCCGUGGUCCCUAAUCAUCUGGCAUGCGACCAGUUGGCCCGGACUCUUUCAACCAACACCGAACAGAUUCCCAAGCAAAUACACUGCUGCUGGAUUAAUCAAAACUACACAUGUAAUUAAUUACACUAGAUAUGCCGAUUAAAUAUUCAAUUAAUCAUGUUUGCUGUGAAUCAUGCUACUUAAUUUUCAUUAAAGAAAGUGCAACCCCUAGAUCUAACUAUCAGCUGUACUCAUAAAAGCUCAUGAAGUAAUUUAUUCUGAUAAUUCAUCAUGACAGUUUGUCAGUCUUGAUUUCUCAAUUAAUUCUCUAUUUUCUUGAGAUUGAUCUUGGGUAUAAGGUAGUAAGAGCUAUCAUUUUUCCUGAUCAUUGAAUGUUUAAUGAUUUCUCCUACAUAUUGGUCUAACACUAUUUAGUCAGUCAACCAAAUUAGUUGUUUAUGUGCUAAAUGGUUUUUAUGUCUCAUUAUUUCUUGAUGGAACUUGACUUUGGAUGUCCUUCUUAGUUUCAUUGCCCUAGAUCUUUUUAACCUGGGAUGCCACAGAUGGUUAGAUUUUUCAUUUUUGUGUUAGUUUUAGCCUAUAUUUAAUUGAUGAAAAAUAAUAGUAAUUUAAUUCAGCUAAAACUGAACAGGUUUAGUCAAUAAAAGCUAAAGAUUUUGGUCUUUUUGCCCUCAAAUUUCCCUAAUAUGUUCUUAAAAAUGCAAAUUCAAUAACUUCCUAGAUGCUAAUUAUUGCUAACAUUACAGCACAGGGGUGAGAGAAUAGAUGUGCGUGAGGUAGAGUGGCACCACAGUGGUCAAAUCAGGGUUGGAUUUGGACAGAAUUUUGUUUGGCUGUCAUCUUAUCUGGAUUUAAAACUGUGUGCUGAUGAUCAAAUUAAAGCUCCAGUUCUUAUUUCUGACUGAUCUGUAAUCAUGUGUGUAAAACGUGCAAACCUGUUAAAAAAUUAACUGCAAAAAAGUGCAAACUGUAGAUUUUGCAUCUAUCACAUGACCAAAAUAACAUGUCUAGUCCGGAAUCCAGGGCUGUGUUUAUGCAAAGAGAUUAAUUUAGCACCUUCAGCGUGAUUUACACCAGUCUGAAAGUCACUUCAGAAACAGAGACGGCGUGUGCUAAUUAUUACGAACGAAGAGCAGGUAUUAAACAUGUGUACCACUAUUUGAACAAAAACGAAGCAAUUGUUUUAUUAAAAACUUCACAAAAUUAUGUCCCACUAGCUCAAAAUUAUUUGAAAUUACUAGAGGUAAGUUGGUUUCAUAUUCAUUAUUUGCUGCAUAUAGCACAUAAAGAGAGCCUGUGAGAGGGUUUUCUUUACAUUUACCUAUUAAACACACUCACACUUAUGUCACCAUUCUUUUAUGCUGUGUUUAUGCUGUAUAUCCGAACACUUUCCCUUUGAACCAAGUGUCUAGUCUCUGUGGCCAUUGAGAACUUUAAGCACACAAGAACCUUAUUAAGUGAUGUUUCCUUCUGUUAAGCACGUGAUGUAAUUUAUGCAAUUCUUUAUAUGCUUACUAGCUGAUUGUGGCUACAAGUUGGAGGCUUUUAUUUGGGAUCAGACAAAAAAAAGUACAAAAUCAACUCAAGGACAAGACAAAACAUCCUAUUGUACUUGUGUCACACUACUGCAUUUAUCUCCUUACCUCUUUCACUUUCUCUCUGUAUGAUUUUUUUUAUGAUUCACCCACUUUAUCUGUCUCACUCCCCAGCAGGACCAUUAUGCCUUUUUUUCCCCUAAAACAAUGCAUUAGAUCUUCAGAUCCCUGCUUGGCUUUGCUCGCUCCAUCCUCAAAGGUUCAAAGGCUGUGCAUAAAUAGCAUUUGUGAGAGAGAUACAAGAGUGCAGAUGACCAAAGACAUGGACUGAGGGAUUGUGGGAAAAACAGUGGGUGUGAGCGGUGGGCAGUGAGAGGUGCAGACUAGUGUCCACGUGUGCUUAGGGAUGCUGCGUGGAUUCGGAUCCAGUCCUGAGAGCAUGGAGCUGUUCUCAGUGACGGCUGAGCGAUCAGCCGUGGCCAACGUUGCUUCUCUGCUGGCACGGAGGUUUUAUUAUGUUGGGGGAAGCGUGGCCGUGCCACAAAAGUGCCGUCUGGCUUAUCUGGUUGAGCGAUGUAUGAGCGUGAUGCAGUCAGGCACUCAGAUGGUGAAACUGAAGAAUGGCUCCAAGGGCCUGGUUCGCCUCUUCUACCUGGAUGAGCAUCGCUCCUGUAUCCGCUGGAGGCCUUCCCGCAAGAGUGAGAAAGCCAAGAUCACCAUUGACUCGCUCUACAAGGUUACCGAAGGUCGACAGAGUGAUAUCUUCCAUCGGCAUGCUGACGGGAACUUCGACCCUGGAUGCUGUUUCACCAUUUACCAUGGCAACCACAUGGAUUCUCUGGACUUGGUGACAUCCAAUACAGAGGAAGCAAGGACGUGGGUGACGGGACUCAGGUACCUGAUGGCGGGCAUCAGUGAUGAGGAUUCAUUGGCCAGAAGACAACGAACCCACGACCAGUGGAUGAAGCAGACAUUUGAGGAGGCUGACAAGAAUGGAGAUGGGCUCUUGAACAUUGAUGAGAUCUAUCAGCUGCUCCACAAGAUGAACGUCAACCUGCCUCGUCGCAAAGUGAAGCAGAUGUUCCAGGAAGCAGAUACAGAUGACCAACAGGGAACGUUAACGUUCGAGGAGUUCAGCGUGUUCUACAAGAUGAUGUCUUUGAGACGAGACCUCUUUCUGCUCCUCAUGUGCUUCAGCGAGAAGAAAGAUCAUCUAACAGCUGAUGAGCUUGGUAACUUCCUGCGGGUGGAGCAAAAGAUGUCUAAUGUGACAACUGAGUUCUGCCUGGAAAUCAUUGAUAAGUUUGAAGUGUCUGAAGAAAACAAGCAGACGGGCAUCCUGGGUAUUGAAGGUUUCACUAAUUUCAUGCGCAGUCCAACAUGUGACGUCUUUAACCCUCAGCACAAUGAAGUUAAUCAGGACAUGGACCAGCCGCUGUGUAAUUACUUCGUCGCUUCCUCUCACAAUACCUAUCUGACUGGAGACCAGCUCCUCUCACACUCCAAGACAGAUAUGUACGCCUGGGUCCUGCAGGCCGGCUGCCGCUGCGUAGAAGUGGACUGUUGGGAUGGUCCAGACGGUGAACCCAUGGUACAGCAUGGAUACACCCUUACCUCCAAAAUCACCUUCAAAUCUGUCAUUGAGACCAUCAACAAAUAUGCCUUCAUCAACAACGAAUACCCAGUCAUCCUGUCCAUCGAGAACCACUGUAGUGUCCAGCAGCAAAAGAAGAUUGCUCAACACCUGAAGGAGAUCUUUAAAGAGAAGCUGGACUUGGGAGACAUCUUGACCAAGGACUCCAAACAGUUGGCCAGUCCCAACAGUCUUAAGGGCAAGAUCUUAAUUAAGGGGAAGCGUCUGCCCCCGUAUCUGUCUGCAGAUGCCGAGGAGGGGGAGGUUUCAGACGAUGACAGUGCAGAUGAGAUUGAGGAUGAUUUCAAACUGAAGAACAGCACAUCUAACGGACCCACGCAACACAUGGUUGAGUCCCACAUCAGGAAGAAGCUCGACUCGUUGUUGAAGGAGUCUCAGAUUGUAGAUAAGGAGGAAACAGACAGCUUCUCUAUCCGAGCAUUGCUCCGAGCUACACAUGAGGGGCUGCACAAGAACCUGAGCAAGAAUUCCAAAGAAGGCCUAAAGAAGUCUCAGAGUCGAUCCUUCAUAAGCAACCUCAAGCAGAAGAGGCACUCCAAAUCAAAACUGAAAUGCCAGAGUGUGGACACAGACGAUGAUGGACAGGAGACAGGAGGACAGUUCAACAGGGGUGGACGGAGAAGGAAGACAAUAAAGCUAAGCCGAGACCUAUCUGAUUUGGUCGUCUUUACCAAUUCUGUGGUGUCUCAGGAGUGUCUGGAUGAGGGUCCUGUUGUUAACGUGCUGUCAUUCAGCGAGACACGGGCACAACAUCUGGUGCACCACCGGGCUGAACGCUUUCUGAACUUUAACCAGCGGCAGCUCUCACGGAUUUACCCCUCUGCCUACCGCAUCGACUCCAGCAACUUUAAUCCCCAGACAUACUGGAACGUGGGCUGCCAACUGGUGGCCCUGAACUACCAGACAGAAGGCAGAAUGAUGCAGCUGAACAGGGCGAAGUUCAUGGUGAAUGGAGGAAGUGGCUAUGUCUUGAAACCCCCACCCAUGUGCAAUGGUUCCUUUAAUCCGUACAGCGAUGACCCUCUUCCAGCAUAUCCUAAAAAACAGCUGGUACUGAAAAUCAUCAGUGGGCAGCAGCUUCCUAAACCACCUGACUCCAUGCUGGGUGAUCGAGGGGAGAUUAUUGACCCCUUUGUGGAGGUGGAGAUCAUUGGUCUUCCAGUGGACUGCUGUAAAGAACAGACCCGAGUUGUUGAUGAUAAUGGGUUUAACCCGGUGUGGGAGGAAACCCUAUCGUUCACUCUGCACAUGCCUGAGAUUGCACUAGUACGUUUUCUGGUAUGGGAUCAUGAUCCUAUUGGGCGAGACUUUGUGGGCCAGAGGACAGUUGCCUUCACCAGCCUCAUGCCAGGUUAUAGACAUGUCUAUCUGGAAGGGAUGAUGGAGGCAUCCAUCUUUGUCCAUAUCUCAGUGCAUGAUAUCUAUGGCAAGUGGAGUCCCCUAGUCCUCAAUCCCAGCUAUACCAUAUUGCACUUUCUAGGAGCUAACAAGGGUCGUCAGUUACGUGGUUUCCGGGGUCUGUUCAGCAAGGGCUCCAAGUGCUCCGUGGACACACAGUUUGGUGUUCUACCACGUAAACGCUCUUUGAGUAACCACCUGCUGCGUAGGACAGCUAGUGCCCCUGCCAAGGGACGCAAGAAGACCAAAAUGGUACUGUCUGAAACUUCAUUAGACAAGGAGGAAAGCAGCAAUGGGGAUCUCAAGCAUCAAGCUUUGGAGAAGACAGUGGGUCCCAGGAUGGGUCUCCAGCACCGGCCAGCCUCCAUGCCUCUGGAGAGGCUUCUACAGGGCCGGCUUACUGUAUCCUCCUCUGAGCAAGACGGACCCGACACUGGUGCCGGCACUAUAAUUGAUUUGUUUUUGGAGAAGCCAAGGUAUGCUUCUGUAGAUCUCCUCAUUGAAACCUCUGAAGUCCCUGAUGACAAUAACCACCCUACACAACAGAUCCAGCAGAGAGCCACUGAGUGUGUAGAAACAGAUGAAACUUCUUACUUCAUUAUAGAAGGAUGUGGUGAGACUAUUACUGAUGUCCUUACAGAACCCCUCGGGCAUAGUUUGACCCUGCAAACCAAAGCUCCUUCUCAAAGACCUACAGAAGGUUAUUCAAGACUCUUGGAUCAACUUGACUGUCAUACUGGUUUGCGGAGUGAGGUCCACCAAAGGCAAGCUCCUAAAAGUAACAAAACUUCCAAAGCAGCUUCAAAUUCUUCCUCUUCAAGCACAAAUGCCAUAUCUCAGCUUCCACCCACAUUGCAUCAGUUUAACCAGCAGGAUCAGAAGUCACUUCAGGACAGUGCUCUCUCUCACCUCAUUGACGCUGUGUCCUUAGGCAAUGAGUAUGACACAUGUGGGUCCAUAUCAGCUCUCAUUGGUCAGUUUGAAGUUACUGCUGAACAGAGUAACUUAAAUCUGUCCUCGGGGUCCCAACCCCCCCAGUUGUCUGUUCCACCAUUGAAGAACCAACUCUUCAGCACCCCACAAAAAAUUACCCAGAACUUGUCACAAAAAGACCAACAGGCUGUUGAAAAACACCUCCCUUCUAGUCCUGAGACCACUGAAUCAACUGUCUUCACAAUUCUAGAUGAGCAAGUGCUUUCUCCUGUUUCUGCAAAUGACAUUACUGAUCAGACUAUUUGCAAAAACUUAGAGAAAUUGGAGUAUAUAUCUCUAGGUGGCAGCAGAGGUUCCUCCCUUACCAAGAUACCGUUUGGAAGAACAGUAGAAGAGAAUGGUGGAUGGGAAUCUCAUAGAGAUAAAAGGUACAAGCCCGAGUGCCAGUCAUCUGCAUUUUCAAGAAACUGGGAAUAUGGAUAUUAUAAAGACACCUCGAUAAACAGCACAGCCUCAGAGCGUUUCCUUAUCUGUCAUGACUCUGCUAGCAGCAGCUUGAUGGAGGUAGAGGUCAAUGUGGAUGGAGAAUCUUUGGAUAGAACUUUGACUCUGGUACCAUCACAUCAUGAGUCACUACAGAAUUCUCCUUAUAUACCCCCCUCAAUGAGCAAACAUUCAUAUAAACUCACAGAGUCACUGUUUCAUAGUUCAUCCCCACACCAGCCUUUUGUCCCCAGCAAUCAUCAGCUUGACUACCCAAUCAAUGAGCACCAGACAGAGCAAUGUAACAGAAGUAAUGCUGCCAUAUCAGGAUAUUUUAAGCCUGGUAGGUCCAAUGGGGUCACUUACAGCAACAGCCACUUUGAGAUUAGGGACAAGAAUGAUAUGAUUUGCAAGACACAGCACUUCCAGAAUGGGUUUUCAUCCUCAGAAUGUCUUUUGAGGGCACAAGACAUCAACUCUCAACCACAGAAUGGCUCCUACAAGUCUGAUUGUGAUAUGAUCUAUAGAGAUACCUUUGUUCCACCACAGCAAUAUUCUAAGUCCUUGCAACAAAUCCAGGCUUUGAAACCGACCCAUUCUGAGAUAUACAAAGGGAUCUACCUUGUUGGAUCACCAGUCCCAGCAACUCCAAGUCCUUGUAAGUCCAAGAGCUUGGGUGACUUAACGUCUGAGGAUAUCUCAUGCAACUUCCAGAGCAAAUACAAGGUCAUCAGUCGCAGCUUCAUCACUCCUGCCAUGAGAGAAAAGAAAUGGAAAUGUGGCCGGGCCAAUCAGCCACAGGCUUCAGACCCCCUGACAGAACAGCUUCGUAAACUGGUGACUUUAGAUGAGGUGGACUCCCACUCCAUCCCCUCUCAGUCGCAACCUACCCCAAAGUCUCUCUCAGUGUUCCCACCAGUGCCAUUGAAUUCUAUUGUUUCCACAGAGGAAUCAAAUGACCCUCCUUCAUUCCUGUCACGAAAGCUUUCCUCACGUAGUCAGAGUCGUGUACGUCACAUAGCCAAUCGUGCCCGGGAAAGGCAGCAGGAAGCACUCAAAUUAAAACCUGCAGGGGGUACUCCUGAUGUGGUCCUCCGCAAUAAGGCAGUCUCUUCUCAAAAUCUACUUAUCAAUAGGCAUUCCACUGGCUCAUACAUUGCUGGGUACUUGGGGCAGGUAGGGCUGGAGGACCGUGGCCUGCCUGAGGGAUCCUGCAAGACAAUUUGUUAUAGCUACCAUGAUCAAUGUUAUGCUGAUGACUCUGUGAUUCCUCAUAAUUCCUGUCCUCCCUCUGAGCCUGAGGUCUACUUCCUUCUAAGACUUUGAAAUUAUUAUCUUCCUGAUUUGCCUGUAUAAGGCUGUACUUGUGCUUUUAGAAUACAUACUGCCAGCUCCUCUUCAGUGAAAAAUAGUGCACUCUUAAGCACAAGUACAGAGAUUGAAAAAGAUCUAAAUCAAAGCUUCCAGUAUUGUGUAAAUAUUGCCAUAUACCCUGGACAAGCAAGUUCCUGUCUUAGAUGCACUACACCAAAUUAGUCCAAUUCAAGCUUUUAAAUGUUGUUGUUUGUAAUAUGUAUUGUAGAAAUAACAAGUUUAAUGAUGGUUGUUUUUUGAAGACAUUUCUCUUCUGGUCUUUUGGUCUUUUGUUUGUCCCUUUUUAAAUGGUUAUUAACUGAUUAGAGGGGCUUCCAUUCUGAAAUAUAUAAUUUGUCACUUUUCUUGUACUUCUUUUUGUUAUUUGUCUAUGGUGUUUGUAUAUACGUUUACAUGUUUGGCAAAUUUGCCCCUAUUUAAGGCCUUAUGGGUUUUAAAUUUGAAAAUGAUAUGUUGUGUUGCAGCAUGUGAACUGUGGACAUAUUCAGCAUGACUAUGCACAGAUAAUAGGUAUAGGUGUCUGUGCCCUGUUUAUGUAAAUCUUUUACUUCUUUUGAUGAUCAGAGAACAACACAAGAAAAAAUACCUGCAUAGCUGGUUUUGCUUACUCUUUCUUUUAUUUUUUCAUUGAUUAUAAACACAACUUCAGUUUCAAGGAAAAAACCCUGUGAGAAAGUUUUUAUUUUUGUAAUUGUUUUGAUACAAAUAGCAAAAAAUUACACUUGAUCGUCUGUUCAUUUCCUUUCUUUUACAAAGUAAGCAUUUCACAGUACUAGCACAACUAGCCUGAGACAGUUUCAGGUAUGUGUUAUUAAUUGAACAAGUUGCAUUUUUAAGUUUCUGUGUUAAAGGGCAUUCAAUUUUUCUUUUUCUUUCUGCUCAUAAAAUGCUCCUGAGCAUUUUCGUACCAAUGCAAUAAAGUACUGUUUGUCA